GAAACCCUCUCUCGAAACCCUCCCCCUCUCUAGUCUCUUUUAUCAGCCGGCGGCCGGCAUAAUCUCUCUCUCUCUCUCGCGACGCGAGUACAAUCUCUCUCUCUGGUUCUCUCUCUCAGAACAGUAGAAAGUAAAAAUGGCGGAGGUAGUGCCAAUGGAGGAAAUUAGGGACAUAUCUGCACGCCUCGGCAUCGAUCCAUCCGAAGUGGAUUUGGAUUCCGUUCGUCUGCCCCCCGGCGAAGACUUCGGCAUCAAAAGUGACGAUGGAGAUCUGAAUGAAGACGACCCUUUGGAAUUCGACGCCGGUUUUGGGAACAUCGUCGUCGUGGAUAACCUGCCUGUUGUUCCCAAAGAGAAGUUCGAGAAGCUUGAAGGUGUUAUCCGCAAAAUCUAUAGUCAGAUUGGUGUCAUCAAGGACGAUGGCCUUUGGAUGCCUAUUGAUCCUUCCACCCAGAAAACACUUGGUUACUGCUUUAUCGAGUACAACACUCCUCAGGAAGCCGAACUUGCUCGGGAGAAGACACAUAACUACAAGUUGGACAGGUCACAUAUAUUUGCUGUGAGCAUGUUUGAUGAUAUUGACAAGUUCAUGAGAGUUCCAGACGAAUGGGCACCUCCUGAAACCAGGCCGUAUACUCCAGGAGAAAAUCUGCAGCAAUGGCUUAUGGAUGAGAAGGCUAGGGAUCAAUUCGUUAUCCGUUCAGGCUCAGACACAGAAGUUUUGUGGAAUGAUGCAAGACAGUUGAAGGCUGAUCCUGUUUACAAGCGAUCAUUUUGGACCGAAAGUUUUGUGCAGUGGUCCCCUCUAGGGACUUACUUGGCAACUGUUCAUCGGCAAGGUGCUGCUGUUUGGGGCGGUGCUACCACUUUCAACCGGCUUAUGCGUUAUGCUCAUCCCCAGGUAAAAUUGAUUGAUUUCUCUCCUGGUGAGAGAUUUUUGGUGACGUACAGCAGUCAUGAACCGAGCAAUCCUCGUGAUACUCAUAGAGUGGUGUUAAAUAUUUUUGAUGUGAGAACUGGAAAAGUGAUGAGAGAUUUCAAAGGAAGUGCGGACGAGUUUGCAGUUGGAGGAACUGGAGGUGUUGGUGGAGUGUCUUGGCCUGUUUUCAGAUGGGGAGGUGGAAGAGAGGACAAGUAUUUUGCCAGAAUUGGUAAAAACGUGGUCUCUGUCUAUGAGACAGAGACCUUUACUCUUAUUGACAAGAAAUCCAUAAAGGUCGAAAAUGUUAUGGACUUUAGUUGGUCGCCUACUGAUCCCAUUCUUGCGCUCUUUGUUCCUGAACUUGGUGGAGGGAACCAACCUGCUAGGGUCAGCCUUAUUCAAAUUCCAAGCAAAGAGGAAUUGAGACAGAAGAACCUUUUUAGUGUUAGUGAUUGCAAAAUGUAUUGGCAAAGCAAUGGGGAUUACCUUGCUGUUAAGGUUGACCGUUAUACAAAGACUAAGAAGAGCACCUAUACUGGCUUUGAGCUUUUCCGAAUCAAGGAACGAGAUAUACCCAUUGAGGUUUUGGAGCUGGAGAAUAAGAAUGACAAGAUUCUUGCAUUUGCUUGGGAACCAAAGGGCCACAGAUUUGCGGUUAUCCAUGGGGAUAGCCCUAGGCCUGAUAUAAGUUUCUAUUCGAUGCGCUCCGCUCAUAACAGUGGACGAGUUUCGAAACUCACAACUCUAAAGGGCAAGCAGGCUAAUGCCCUAUACUGGUCACCAGCUGGCCGAUUCAUUGUGCUUGCAGGGUUGAAAGGUUUCAAUGGACAGUUGGAAUUCUACAAUGUUGAGGAGCUUGAAACCAUGGCCACAGCAGAGCAUUUCAUGGCAACAGAUAUUGAAUGGGAUCCGACGGGAAGGUAUGUGGCAACUUCAGUCACUUCAGUUCAUGAGAUGGAAAAUGGUUUCAACAUCUGGUCGUUUAAUGGCAAGUUGCUGUAUCGGAUACCGAAGGAUCACUUCUUCCAAUUCCUGUGGCGCCCAAGGCCACCAUCCUUCUUGAGUCCUGAAAAAGAGGAGGAGAUUGCGAAGAACCUGAAAAAGUAUAGCAAGAAAUACGAAGCAGAGGACCAGGAUGUGUCACUGCUGUUGAGCGAACAGGAAAGGGAGAAGCGGAAGAUGUUGAAGGAGGAGUGGGAGAAAUGGGUGAGCGAGUGGAGGCAGUUGCAUGAAGAAGAGAAGUUGGAGAGGCAGAGGCUACGGGAUGGAGAAGUGAGUGAUGAAGAAGAGGAGUACGAGGCGAAGGAAGUGGAGGUAGAAGAGUUGUUAGAUGUUUCAGAAGAGGUUGUAUCAUUUGAAUAUGGACAGGAGUGAGUGAGUGAAUGAAUGAAUUGAAUGUUAUUUCCAUAGAUGAAUGUAUUUUCUGUUUGUAAGCAAAGCAGCAGCAUUCAGGAGGACAGAAAAGAAAGAGGCACUACUACUACUAGUAAUAUGUAGGUUUUUAGGGAGCUUUAUAAUUUCUUGUUUCUAUGUUGUCUUUGGAACAAUAUUUGUGUACCUUGAUGGAAUUUGCCCACGUUUUUGCGAGGCUUAUUUAUAACCCCACCCUGGAAUGACGCCUAGUACAAAUUCUGAUGGUA